AAUUAAUAAGAAUAGUCACAAGCAAUUAAAUCUUUAUCUUCCCCCUCUCUAUUCCCGUGCUGUAUGUGCUACUAUUUAUUUUUUUCAUAGAUUCAUCAGUUUUUUCAAGCUUUCUCUCUUCCCAACCAUGGCUAUAGCCUGAUAUAUUCAAUUAUUCUGCAAAAAAAAAAAAAAAAAAAAAAAAAAAAAAAAAAGACCCACAAGGAGAAAGAGAAAGAGAGAUCAAGAAAGCAUUCAUGGUCUCACUUUCACUAACAAUUCUUUACAUGAAACACACCUUCUCCUCUCUUGAUCUCCAAAGAUGGAAACUUUAUCAAAAACCCAUCUCAGUUUAGAAUCCGGUGGUGGUGAUGGUGGCUCCGGCGGUGGUGGGUGUGGUGGUGGUGGUGGUGAUGAUCAUGGUGGUUCAAGAUUAUCAGAUGCUAGUGUAGGGGUGGUGUUGGAGGGUGAUGAUGAUGAGGUGGUUGAGGGGGGGAGGGGAUCUUGUGUGUCAGAGUUUUCUGUGGUGGAUCUUGAAAGUGGUGGUGGUGGUGGUGGGGUCCAUGGGGGUGAGUGUGUUAAGGUACAUUUGUCAAGUGUUGAGAGGGAUUGUAGGAUUUGUCAUAUGAGUCUUGAUAUAAGUAGUCAAGAGUGUGAGAAUGGGGUGCCCAUUGAGUUGGGUUGUUCUUGUAAAGAUGAUUUGGCUGCUGCUCAUAAACAUUGUGCUGAAGCUUGGUUCAAGAUCAAGGGUAACAAAACAUGCGAGAUCUGUGGAUCAAUUGCACAUAACGUUGCUGGUGUACACGAGGCUGAACUAAUGGAACAAUGGAACGAAGCUAAUGACGCCAUGUCAUCAGCUACUGCACCUGGUGGGACCACAACUGCCGCAUCAGAUAACCGUAGCUUCUGGCAAGGCCAUCGGUUCCUCAACUUCUUGCUAGCUUGUAUGGUCUUUGCUUUUGUCAUCUCUUGGUUGUUCCAUUUUAACGUCCCUUCGUGAGAACAACAUGAUUAUAUCGAAGGAACGACGUUCAAUGAGCUAUUUAAUGAAUCUUUGUUGUUUGUUACCAAUGCAUCUGUCUUUGUAGCAUGAAGAAAUCAAAACUAAUCUUUCUUGUUUUUGUUU